CAGCAGUUGCUAUCCUCUCUUUCUGUAGGAUUUAGUCGCUAGAGGGAAGGGACACGGAGGAUUUUGGCCAUGGCCCCAAGAAAAAGAAGUGGACGGGGGAUUUCGUUCAUCUUCUGCUGCUUCCGAAGCAACGACCACCCAGAGAUCACCUACCGGCUUCGCAAUGACAGCAACUUCGCCCUACAGACCAUGGAGCCGGCAUUGCCCAUGCCCCCGGUGGAAGAGCUGGAUGUCAUGUUCAGUGAGCUUGUGGAUGAACUUGACCUUACAGACAAACACCGAGAGGCCAUGUUUGCACUUCCGGCAGAAAAGAAAUGGCAAAUCUACUGCAGUAAGAAAAAAGACCAGGAAGAAAAUAAAGGAGCCACCAGCUGGCCUGAGUUUUACAUUGAUCAGCUAAGUUCAAUGGCUGCUAGAAAAUCGCUGAUAGCUUUGGAAAAAGAAGAUGAGGAGGAGAGAAAUAAAACAAUAGAGAGUUUGAAGACAGCACUAAGGACAAAACCAAUGAGGUUUGUAACCAGAUUUAUCGACCUGGACGGCUUGACCUGUAUUCUGAACUUUUUGAAAACCAUGGACUACGAGACCUCUGAGUCUCGGAUACAUACCUCUCUCAUUGGGUGUAUAAAAGCACUAAUGAACAACUCUCAAGGACGGGCUCAUGUCCUGGCCCAUCCGGAGAGUAUUAACGUCAUUGCUCAGAGUCUGAGCACCGAGAACAUAAAGACAAAGGUGGCAGUGCUGGAAAUCCUGGGCGCUGUGUGCCUGGUUCCUGGAGGUCACAAAAAGGUAUUGGAGGCCAUGCUGCAUUACCAGAAAUACGCCAGCGAAAGGACUCGCUUUCAGAUGCUGAUUAAUGAUUUGGACAAAAGCACAGGAAGAUACCGAGAUGAAGUGAACCUAAAGACAGCCAUCAUGUCCUUCAUUAACGCGGUCCUGAGCCAGGGCGCGGGCGUGGAAAGUCUGGAUUUCAGACUCCACCUUAGAUACGAAUUUCUAAUGCUAGGAAUUCAGCCUGUCAUUGACAAACUAAGAGAGCAUGAAAAUUCAACGUUAGACAGGCAUUUAGACUUUUUUGAAAUGCUUAGAAAUGAAGAUGAACUGGAAUUUGCCAAACGAUUUGAACUCGUUCACAUAGACACGAAGAGUGCCACUCAGAUGUUUGAGCUGACGAGGAAAAGGCUGACUCACACAGAAGCGUAUCCGCACUUUAUGUCUAUUCUUCAUCACUGUCUCCAAAUGCCGUUUAAAAGAAGUGGCAACACUGUCCAGUACUGGCUACUGCUCGAUAGGAUUGUACAGCAAAUCGUCAUCCAAAAUGACAAAGGGCAGGACCCCGACUCCACUCCCUUGGAAAACUUUAAUAUUAAAAACGUCGUCCGGAUGUUAGUUAAUGAGAAUGAAGUUAAGCAGUGGAAAGAGCAAGCAGAAAAAAUGCGAAAAGAACACAACGAGCUUCAGCAGAAACUGGAGAAGAAGGAGCGUGAAUGCGAUGCCAAGGCUCAAGAGAAGGAGGAGAUGAUGCAGGCCUUAAGUAAGAUGAAAGAGAAGCUCGAAAAGGAGUCUACAGAGCACAAGCAAGCCAAGCAGCAGGUGGCAGAUCUCAUAGCACAGCUCCAUGAACUGAAUCAGAGGGCGAUUUGCGCCCCCGUUCCAGGAGGGCCCCCACUGCCACCUGGAGCACCUGGUGGACCUUUACCGUCUCAGGCUCCGGGAGCCCUUCUUCCCCCUCCUCCGCCCCCUCUACCUGGUGGAGUUCCCCCUCCUCCACCACCUCCCCCUCCCGGUGGUCCACCCCCUCCACCUGGGCCCCCUCCCCUCGGGGGGAUAACUCCACCUCCUGGAGCACCGUUGGGCUUGGCCCUCAAAAAGAAAAACAUCCCACAGCCGACGAACGCCCUCAAAUCCUUCAACUGGUCUAAGCUGCCUGAGAACAAGCUGGCAGGCACCGUGUGGACUGACAUCGAUGAUGCAAAAGUGUUUAAAAUCCUAGAUCUCAACGACCUUGAAAGAACAUUCUCUGCUUACCAGAGACAGCAGGACUUCUUUAUGAACAAUAACUGCAAACAGAAAGAAGAUGCCAUUGAUGACACACUGAGUUCCAGACAUAAAGUUAAGGAGCUUUCGGUAAUAGAUGGCCGGAGAGCUCAGAACUGCAAUAUUCUUCUCUCAAGGCUGAAAUUGUCAAACGAUGAAAUCAAACGUGCAAUUUUAACAAUGGACGAGCAAGAGGACCUGCCAAAAGACAUGUUAGAGCAGCUCCUGAAAUUUGUUCCUGAGAAGAGCGAUAUUGACCUCCUGGAGGAGCACAAACAUGAAUUAGAUCGCAUGGCCAAAGCGGACAGGUUCCUCUUUGAAAUGAGCAGGAUAAAUCAUUAUCAGCACAGGCUGCAAUCCCUUUACUUCAAAAAGAAGUUUGCCGAGAGAGUUGCGGAAGUGAAACCCAAGAUUGAAUCAAUCCGUGCUGGCUCAAAGGAAGUGCUUCAGAGUAAGAGCCUGAAGCAGUUGUUGGAGGUGGUUCUGGCCUUUGGAAACUACAUGAAUAAAGGCCAGAGAGGCAACGCCUUUGGGUUCAAAAUCGCCAGCCUCAACAAGAUUGCAGACACGAAGUCCAGCAUUGACAAGAACAUCACCCUUUUGCACUAUCUCAUCACUAUUGUGGAGAAGAAAUAUCCCAAAGUCCUCGGUCUUCAUGAAGAGCUGCGCGACAUCCCUCAAGCAGCCAAAGUAAACAUGACGGAGCUGGAGAAGGAAAUAAACACCUUGAGGAGUGGACUGAAGGCUGUGGAAACUGAACUGGAAUACCAGAAAUCGCAGCUCUCUAAUCCUGGAGACAAGUUUGUGUCAGUCGUCAGCCAGUUCAUCACCUUAGCCAGCUUUAGCUUCUCUGAUGUUGAAGAUCUUCUGACGGAAGCUAAAGAACUGUUUACCAAGGCAGUGAAGCACUUUGGGGAAGACUCUGGCAAAAUGCAGCCGGAUGAGUUCUUUGGGAUCUUCGAUCAGUUUCUUCAAGCUGUGACAGAGGCCAAGCAGGAGAAUGAGAACAUGAGGAAAAGGAAGGAGGAAGAGGAGCGUCGGGCGCGCAUGGAAGCACAGCUGAAAGAACAGCGCGAGCGGGAACGCAAGGCCAGAAAGGCUAAAGAAAACAGCGAGGAAGGUGGGGAGUUUGAUGACCUUGUUUCAGCUUUGCGGUCAGGCGAAGUCUUUGAUAAAGACCUUUCGAAACUGAAACGGAAUCGCAAGCGCAUCGCCAACCAGCUGACGGACAGCAGCCGGGAGAGGCCAGUCACCAAACUCAACUUCUGAUCCUUUGGUUUUGUAAACAUUUUAGAAAACCGAUUAGCAGUCUUUUUGAAGUGGCUAGGAUUUUUCAUUACACUGCCUUGUAAUUCAGACCGAAAUGGUGGCACACUUUGUGUGUGUGUGUGUGUGUGUGUGUGUGUGCGUGUGUGUGUGUGUUGUGUAUAUAAAAGUCUGGUUGUUGGUGUGUAUGGAGAAUACAUGUGUGUCUGUAUGUCAGGACAGUGUGCAUAUGUGUGCCAUACAAACACAUAUAUAGACACUUGUCUGAGUGCAACUUCCAUUUCCUUUCCUUCAGUCUCCUUGUUCAAAAAGUAGUUAACCUGGUGCAUAAGCACAACAUCGUGUCUACUGAGAAAGAGAUAACGAAAACAUUCCUUGUAGUAAACAAAGGCAUUGAGAAAUACUUUCUACUUGAUCUCCCAUUGGCGUUCUUUACCUUGGGAGCAUAGAGAGAAACAAAAACGCACCUCCGUUUGAACCACUGGCGCUGAGGUGUCAUCGCAAACUGCUGAGGAUCAGCUUGGAAUCUGUAGAAUACAGCGUAAGAAAACAGUUUGUAGAAGUCUACUAUGAACGCCCUGCAUACAGUCUGAAGUGUGUUUAAAAAAAGUCAAGUGGAAACAAUCCAUGUUGUUAUUAUUCAAGACUUGAACAUCUGUGCUCUUGUGCUGGUUCCAAUGAGUUUUGUACUGUAACGUCUCUUGAUAAUCCCUUUUCAAUUGUUUUUGGGAAGCACGAUCCUUCUCUUACCACAACCCAUGCUCUUGCUGAAGACAGAUUACCACAGUGUGCUUACUGCUGUAACAAUACAUAGACAUAGUUCUACUUUUUCAGUGUUUUCGUGCCCAAGACAAAUGGGAGAUGGGGGGGUGGGAGAGGGUUUCCUCUACUGAGAAAAAGAGCAUAAACUUUUUGUGUUCUAAUUUUUUCCAUUUUCGGUUCAGUGGGACAAACUGUAUCCUCUAAGGCCAGGUCUGCAGUAAAAAGUUAAGUCAACCAAACAAUGUUGCUCAGGAUGUGAAAAAUUUCCUGAGUGAUGUAGUUAUGCCGACCUAACCCCUGGUGUGCUAGAAUUGUUCUGUUGGUGUAGCAACCUCCUCCGGAGGAGACAGACUAUCUACAGUGACAGGGAGUAUCUACAGUAUCUGCAGUAGCUUUUCUAGUGUAGGUAUAACCUAAAUGUUGGUCUGAACGGAUGGUCUUUUAAACCAAUGCACAAAGGACUUGAUCCAGAACCCAUUGUGUCAAUGGACCGGACUUCAUUGAUUUCAGUGGGCUUUGAACGAGGCCCUUUGUUUUUAAUGGACAGACAGCAGCAAUGAUGCCAAGAAAUAUUUCUCUGAACAGACUUUUUCAAGUUGUUCGCUGUUUAUAUGGUCAUUAAAAUUUGUAAGCAAAGCUACCUGUAAAAUGUCAGUCCAAAAAAAAAAUCCAAAGCUCUCAGGGAGUAAAAUAGUAGCAAGUAAUAAAUACAUUUAAAAAAAAUAAAAAAAAUUGGAAAAUAAAACGUAAAUGUCAUUAACAUAGUAACACUUAAUAUUCUUAAAUUAUACAGAAUAUAUAGAAGACUGUUACUUUUGCUUUUAUUUAUUUGUGGUGUUUUUUUUAAAAAAAACAACAAACUCUUUUAUACCAUCAAUAUUCUUGUGAUCUUUUUUGUUUUUUUGUUGUUUUUCCUGUGGAGAGAUUAGUUUGUCCCUAUUGCACUAGAUAUUAACACUAUUCGAAAUACGUUUUUUUUCAUGUAAUGGGUAUUAUUGGCGGGAUUGGGAUGUCAUUUUUUCCUAUCUGUACUGUAUAGCAAAUAUGCUGUUUAAACUAACUUGUAGAAAACUAUGGUUCUUAGCACCUAGAGACCCAGGAUCUCUGUGCUUUCUGAAAGCUGUGAAGUAUCACUCUUAAAAAGAGUUGUCAAGAGCUGUGGUCUUACAAUUUUUUUUCCUCAUUGCACCAUUCACACUGUAAGUAUAAAAAAGUGUAUAAAGCAGUAAUAAAUACAAAGGGGAUGGCUUGGUAAAGUCCUGCACCUCCUAGCAAAGCAACUGCAAAACCUGCAAAUUUUCAAAGAUUGGGCGUGAAGCACUUUGUUUUAAGAAGAAGAAGAAGAAGAAGAAAGGAGUUAAAAUAAUGGUAAUUCUUGUUCCUUAACUAAAGUGCCUCAAUUUAUAUUUUUUAUUUAUGGCUUAAGAAAUUUGGGCGGACGCAAUGUGAGGAACGGACUCUGCCUGGCAGGCACGGGAGUCGUGUCUGAUGACCUGAGGAAAGGUCAGUUAAUUGUUUUGCUAGAAUAAUGCCUUUUGAAUUUGAAAAGGCUGAGGCCUCUAGUCUUGCAUUGAGGUCCUUCUUCCACGGCACAUGGUAGCCAUGCAAAGCUCUCGGGCUUCACCUUAUGGGAUUCCAGUGGAGGAUCCGAGGCUUAGUUACCUUUCCGGACUGUUCUUCUUUUCCAUCAGCCUGGUGAUUGGGCUGCAUUUGCCAUUUAGUUUUCUUUCCAAACAAAAGGCUGUGUGCAGGUAAAUCCAUGUGCCAUUGCUGAAAACUACUUUUCAACAGGUGCUGGUGUCAGUAGCCACUCUUUUUUUUUUUUUUUUUCUCUCUCUGUGUUUCUCUCUCUGGUGUUUAUUUUUCAGGUUGUUUUUUUUUAAUAAUGCCAAAAAGGAAAAAACUGCUUGUAAACUGAAGUAUAUGUCAUGGACCUUCUUAGCUUAGUAGUGGACCAAUUUAGGUGCCAGAAUGUUAGUAGUUUAGCUGCCAGGAAAUGCUGUGUAUGGUAUGAGAUUGUACAUUUUUUUUUAAGAUGGCAAUAUGCAAUAAAGCAAAAGGAUUGCAUUGAGUGUA